GGAGGGAUUUUCUUAAGAAACUAUUUCAUGAGCUAACAGGAAGUCUUCUUCAAAAAGCUUGAACAACAGAUAAUGAUUUCCAGCUAAAUUAAAUGUUGUACUUGUCAAUACUAGUCAGUCAUUACCUUUUACUUAAUAAAUAUUGGGUAAACUCAGCCUCGUGUGAGCAUUUUCAACAAGACAAGAUUCAACAUGUGUUUCCAGCCUAUGAAACAUGAUGGAUGAUGAUGUAGAAAUCGCUGUUGUUGGCAUUGGAUGCCAUUUUCCUGGAGGUGAGGGACUUGAAAACUUCUGGCGAGUCCUCCUUCAUGGAGAGAACUGUGCAGUUCAGAUACCAAAUGACAGGUUUAAUCUCUCUCAGUGGUACGAUCCAGAUGAGAGUAAGGCAGGAAAGACGUACACAGCAAAGGCAGCACUUAUUGAUGGCUUCAAUGAGUUUGACCACAAGUUCUUCGGCAUCACUAAUGCUGAAACAAUCACCAUGGACCCUCAGCACAAACUUCUGUUGCAGUGCACCUACAGGGCCCUAGAGGAUGCUGGGAUACCAAUGGAAAAGGCCAGUGGAACGCAAACAGGAGUAUUUUUGGGCCUAAUGAACAGAGACUUUGAGCUGGCAAAUGUGAGGAUGAAUCCAAAACACAUAGACCACACCAAUGCCACUGGUGCUGCAAUGAGCAUAGCUGCCAAUCGCAUCUCAUACAUAUUCAAUUUCACUGGCCCCUCACUGUCCAUUGACUGUGCCUGUUCCUCAUCCCUCGUUGCCCUUCACUUAGCUUGUCAAGCCAUAAAACAAGGAGAUUGUGAUAUGGCCUUGUGUGGAGGUGUGUCCUGUAUAUUGGAGCCGACCCUUUUUGUCACUCUCUCCAAGGCAAAAAUGAUCUCCUCUGAUGGAACGAGUAAACCUUUCAGCAGCAAAGCAGAUGGAUACGGCAGAGGUGAAGGAUGCGGGGUUGUUCUAUUAAAGCCUCUAAAAAAAGCUUUUGAAGACCAUGAUCAUAUUUGGGGUAUCAUCAGCAAAACUGCAGUAAAUCAAGAUGGCCGCACAGUUAGUCCAAUCACCAAACCAUCCAUGGUACAGCAGGAGGAGCUGCUUAGAAAAAUCUACUCAGCAGAGACUGACCUGACUAGUGUCCAGUACAUUGAGGCUCAUGGGACAGGGACUCCAAUUGGAGAUCCAAUAGAGGCAGGUAGCAUCUCAAAAGUCAUUGCCAAAGCAAGACCUCAAAAGUCAGGGCCACUCAUCAUUGGUUCAGUUAAGAGCAAUAUUGGACACACAGAAUCUGCCGCAGGUGUUGCAGGGCUCAUAAAGGUUCUCUUGAUGAUGCAGCAUGAAACCAUUGUGCCAUCAUUGUUCUACUCCAUUGAAAACUCCAGCAUAGAUGUUGAAUCUCUCAAUAUGAAAAUCCCCACCACAGCAGAAAAAUGGAUCAGUAACUGCAGAGCAGGGAGGUCUGCAGGACUCAAUAACUUUGGGUUUGGUGGAACAAAUGCACAUGCAAUUGUCAGACAAUAUGUGCAGACAAAAAAAACAAAAGCUCAGUUGAUAAGCAAAUCCCAUCAGCAUUUUGUGGUCUCUGCAGCCUCUGAAAAAUCCAUGAAAAAUAUUAUUGAAGAUACAGCAGAACAGAUCAGUGCAGGGAAAAUAUCAGAUCUACAGUCUUUACUGUACACAUCUGCAUGUAGAAGAAGUCACUUGAAACACAAAUACAGAAAAGUAUUUCAAGCAUCAUCAUUGGCAGAUCUGCAAGAGAAACUUACUGCAGCUGUGGAGAAAAAUCUUGUACCUUCAAAGACAGACUCCAAGCUAGUUUUUGUGUUUUGUGGCAAUGGUGUUACAUAUCAGGGUAUGUGCAAGCAGCUCCUAAAACAAGAGCCAGUUUUCAGAGAGGAAAUUGUAAAGAUUGAAACACUGUUGCAAAGCUAUACAAGUUUGAAUCUGAUAGAGAUGCUGGAAAGUGAAUCUGAGAAAAGUACGGAGCUGUCUGAUCCAAAAAUUGUCCAGCCUCUUCUGUUUGCUAUUCAGGUUGCUGUUGUCAAACUUCUGAAACACUGGGGCAUCAGGCCUGAUGCUGUUUUGGGGCACUCUAUUGGAGAAGUUGCUGCAGCUCAUUGUUCUGGUUUGCUGUCACUUGAAGAUGCAGUGAAAGUCAUCCACUAUCGCAGUUCUUUACAAAGCACUGUGACAGGAGGGAAGAUGCUGGUAGUCAGUAAUAUGGCUGUUGCUGAAGUCUUGAAAAUUCUUCCAUCUUAUUCAGGAAGGGUUUGUCUGGCUGCUUAUAACAGCCCUCAGUCAUGCACCCUCUCAGGAGAUGCAGAUGACAUUGACAGGUUGCAACAGAACUUGAGCAACUCAGCCAGUGGAAAAGAUUUGUUCCUUCGCAUUUUAGAUGUUCCUGCAGCAUACCACAGUCACAAGAUGGAUCCCAUUUUAUCCAAAGUGAAACAGAGUAUAGGCUUAUUACAGGCACAUAAUUUGGAGACAGAAUUGUUCUCAACGGUGACAGGUGUUAGCUUGUGUUCCUCUGAUUUUAUUACUGGUGAAUAUUGGGCAAGGAAUAUCAGAGAACCUGUUGAAUUUGAACAAGCUGUAAAGUCUGCAGCUAAAAACAGAAGGAAUGUGAUAUUUGUUGAAAUUGCUCCAAGAAGAUCUUUGCAGAGGUACAUCACUGAGACUCUGGGAAAUGAAUUCACUGUGAUUCCCUCAGUGCAGCCUGAUAAAGAUCACGAGACAAUGCUUGCAGCUGUUUCCAAACUGUUUGAGCUUGGGGUCAAAGUGGACUGGGAAAUAUUCUACAAAGGUUUUGAGACUGAACCAAUUCCCUACCCACGAUACCAAUUUGAUGAUGUGAAGAGAGAUGUCUUUGCUUCUCAUUUGCAGUUGAUCAGUCCCACUGGCAACCAUCCAGUAGUUACACAAAUGGGUACAGACAGUUCAGUGUUCAGCUGUGAUUUAUCCUCUGAAUCAGUGGCCUUCCUGCAGGACCACAAGAACAAUGGGGUUGCCAUCAUUCCUGGGGCAUUUUAUGCAGAGUUGGGUUUAACAGCUUACAUGACAUAUGCAAAACCUAAGGUUCCACUAAGUUCUCUGCAGCUCAGCAUAACAUUCCAGAGUCCAUUUAUUUUCACCCAGAAUGCUCCAGAUAUAAAAGUACAGCUGGAUCAUUCAGACCAUUUGAUCGAUGGCACGUGUAACUUCAAAAUACAGUCUACUUCUGCAGUCUAUGCAUUUGGGACAGUAGAAGCAAAACCAGGUAGAACUCCUGAAGAACAGUUCAUUUCAUUAGACUGUAUUUCCAAAAGAUGCACAUUUCACAUGACUACUGAAGAACUCUACAAACUUCUAAGUCAAGCAGGAUUUGAGUAUGGGUCUGUCUUCAGAAAUAAUGCAGAUGUUUAUUGUGGGGAAGAAUUUAGAGAGGCUAUAUCUGUUGUGAAGGUCAGAAAGGAAUUACUGCCUGAAUUACAUGACUAUCACCUUCACCCUGUGCUCUUGGAUUACAUCAUGCAACUUGUUCUUGCAGCUAUAGGAGGUGUAUCAACAAGACCCCAAUAUCCUGCACAAAUAGGAAGCCUGACUGUAUUUGAACCAUUGCAAGAGGAGAUGGUUAUAUACCUGAGAGCAGUACAUGUGGAAGAAGAUGAUUUUGACAUUUGUGGCUGCUUUGCCAACAAACAGGGUAGGGUGUUAGUUGAACUGAGGCAAGUGAAGAUCAGAAUGCUAGGAAGUCGUUCCCAAGUAGUCCAGGAGUACUUUUUCCACAACAAUUUCAGCAUCAUCUCUGAAGUUUCCACAUUUGAUACACCGAUUAAGGCACUUGUCUUUUCUGACCAGAUAGGAAUUUCUGAAACUUUGCAACAGUACUUGGACCCAACAUCUAGAUAUGUGUCUUCUUCAAUUGGUAACAUACUGUUAGAGGAUGGAGUUGAACUUCUUUUGUCAAAACUGAAAAUUUCAAGUGUGAAGAAAAACUUCCAAGAAAUUUUGUUCAUGUGUGGUGAUGCAGACCUAACCUCUCUUGAAUCAGAGAAGGUCUUGGACAGUAUGGCGGGGUGUUGUGAGAUUUUCCGAAAGCUUGUCACAUAUCUCAAGGCUCUUCAUUUCCCAGGAGAUAUCAGAGUAAUAACCUAUAGGUGCUCUGAGAGCUUAGUGGACUUCAUCAACCCUGGGUUUGUUCUGUCAGGCAUGACAAGAGCAUGUGCAGCUGAGUUGCCAGAACUUUCCUUCCAGCUGAUUGACAUGGGCUCUGCCACUUUUGAAGACAUCAAAGCUUUGGCUCAGGUCCUCAGAUCAUACCCCUGUAACAAAUAUCCAGAGCUAGUAGUGAAGGAGGGCAAAAUUCUGAAACCUGAAAUCACCCACACACCACUGCCACCCAUGGCAAUCUCUUCAAGAAACCUCCACAUGUUGGAUGAAGUAGUCUUCAUCUUGCAAACAUCUGACCCAUAUAUAAUGACAAAUGUGUCAGCAACUCAAAUGGAUAAUUCCAUUGAACUUAUUCAAGGAAAAAAUAUUGAGCUUCAUCUCAGUAAAGUCUGUGUUCAUUCAUCAGAUUACUUUCCAGUCAGCAUUUCUGACCUGAAUUAUGGUCAGACAUUGUAUUGGAACAAGCACACAACUGAAAACCAUAAGCUCUUAGCCCUUGACUUCAGUGGCACUGUCACAGCUGUGGGUAAAGAUGUCAGCAAAUUUAAAGUUGGUGAUCACGUUGUGUCUUGUUACCCUGUGGCUGCCACCUCUAAAGUAGUUCUCCCAGCAGCUGUUUGCUGCAAAGCUAAAAGGUUUUCAUUCCUGAAUGACAUGCCAUGUGUCUCUUACGUGGUACUGGCUUGGGAGAUCUUGCAUGAGGCUUUACCCAAAGCUAAACAGCAAUGGAAGUUGGGCAUUUUCUCCACUGUUCCUGACUCAGCUUUGAUGAAUAUGUUAAUUGCUAUUGCAAACAGAUCAGGUUGGAAUGUCAGAGUGAGCACGCAGGCUGAUCAGCUGUCUUGUGAUUUUAGUGAGGUUGUGGGAGCUGUUCUUCUACCUCCUUAUAAUGUAGAAACUGCUGAAAUAGCUAGCAGUGUUAGAGGCAUCAAAGACAUUGUGUUUGUCUGUGACAACCAGACAGAAUUUCCAUUCAAUGCUACAACAUUCCGAGGUACAAAUGAGGAAGUCCACUUCCAUGUCCUCCUCAUGACCCAGAUAAUGCAAAAAGGGUUUCUGCAAAUGCAAAUGCCACACAUCUACCGAUGGCUGAAAUCCAUGCAUUUGGACAGAAAGUCUUUGUCUUUGGAUGCAACAGCUGUUCAAAGAGUGAAAUCUCAAGACACUGAUCUUCUGUCUGUAAAAGAAUCUGAAUCAUACUUCAGAUGCCAGAUCCUACCUAUUAUCACCCUGAACAGUGAAGACAAGAACCAGCUGUCUGAGAUUCCAGUGAUGCCCAAACACAGUCUAUUCAAGACAAAUUCUGUCUAUAUUGUCACAGGUGGUCUAACAGGGUUGGGCUUUGAGACAGUAAAGUUCAUUGCUCAGAAAGGAGGAGGAAACAUUGUCAUUCUGUCUAGGAGUAAUCCAAAACCUCAGAUGCAACAAGAGAUAAGUCAGGUCAGUAGCCGUUGGGGUUCUGUCAUUAAGUGUCUGCCGUGUGAUGUUUCUGUAUCUGAGCAAGUGGACCAGACAAUUGUUAAUAUUGGAAAACUAUUUCCAUCCAGUCCCAUCAAAGGGGUAUUUCACAGUGUGGUUGUCCUGCAUGAUGGGCUGAUUGAACGUCUUGACAAAUCUCUUUAUGAGAAAGUUAUGAGGCCAAAAGUAAAUGGAGUGAUUAACCUUCACCGUGCUACCAUACAGUGCAAUCUGGAUUAUUUUGUGUGCUAUUCCUCCAUCUCGGCCUUCAUUGGCAAUGCCUCACAAAGUAAUUAUGCUGCGGCUAAUACAUUCAUGGACACUUUCUGUCAGUACCGCAGAAACAUUGGGCUUUCUGGACAGUCCAUUAAUUGGGGGGCUUUGAAUCUUGGUCUUUUGUUGAACAAAGUCCAUGUCCAAAGAUUUCUGGAAGCAAGGGGAAUCAUGCUUUUGGAGAUUCCAGAAAUCCAUGAAAGUCUUGAGCAGUGCCUCUUGAUCAACAAACCUCAACAGGUUGUAUGCAGGUUCAAUUUAAAAAACGGCUGGAAUAACAUUCUCAGUCAGAACAAAACACUGAGUGUACGCUUGUUCAAAAUAGUACAGGAAGCUAUUAGUAAAGGUGGAGUCAAUUUAUCUAGACCUGAACAACCCAAGAAAUCAUCCUCACCACGUGAUUAUCUCUGUCUCAUGAUUAGUGAAACGACUGGUAUUGAGAUGGAUGAGCUGAGUGAUGAUGUUCAUCUUUUCGAUUUAGGCAUUGACUCAAUGUUAGCUAUGACUCUGCAGAAUCUUAUCUUCAAUGAUAGAGGUGUGAAUGUCCCUCUAGUGACUCUGCUGGAUCCAAAUAGCACACUGGCAACUCUAAUUAAAAUCCUGGAGAAGAACUGUGUAGAUGAAUAUCAGAGUGAAGAUGAGAGCAGUUCCACAUACUUAUGAUUUGUAAUUUGUAUUUCUUGUAUGUCUUGUUGUAGCCUCAAAACAAGCACUUUCUUGGAAAUUCAUGACAUUUUUAUGUGAAAUAGGGGUAUAAUUAGUAUUAUUGUACUUAAACAAUGCAGUUGACUCAAGUUCAUCUAGUUUAAGGAGGUUAAUAUUAGCAGAUAUUCCAAUAUGACUAAAUUUCACUAAAUUUCUCUCCAGUCUAUUGAAAUAUCGACUACAGCGGGAACAUAGCAAAUUGAGAUUCUGCAGACUUUGGACUUAACAUUAUCAUUGUUUUAAUUUUGGUUUUUGUGCUUGAUCACACUAGGUUUAAACACACAUUCAGCACUUCACUUCAAUUUGUAAAUUGCUUUCUGUAUCUGUUUUAAUCUACUUGAAACCAAAGCUGUAUGAGCGGCACAUACUGACAUGCUGCUGCUGAUUAAGAUGAUGAUGAUUAUUUUGUUUUAUGAUUAUUAUUAUUUAGUCUAGCUAAAGAGAUCAUGACAAAACCCUUUUUUAAGUUGGGUCGGAGGUAACCGCAAAUAUUAAAUUAAAUCCUUGAAGGUAUGAAAAAAAAUUUAAUCAAUGAAUUGAUCCAAACAAUAGUAUUAGUAAGGUUUAUAGUAAUUUCAAAAUACAUUAUGGUUUGUAUGCUGAAUGAUGUUUAAAAUACUGUCAACAAUGACAAUAGAAAAGAUAUGCUAAUGGAUCAGUCACUUUAUGUAUAAUUGAGACUCUCUGUAGUAAAUACUAGUAUCAGGAUAUUUUACCAUGCAAAUGUUGAAUCAGUAGCGCAAAAUGAGAUGUCAAUAUGAUAUGACCAUUUAUCAGUAAAACUACAAUAAAAGGAGUAACUGAGUAAUAAACAGUGAAGUACUGCUGUGAUUGGGAAUCGGAUGUGACUGUAAUAGUAUAUGAUGUGUGGGUAUAUAUGCAGUAACCUUGUUAUCGAAGGCAAAUAUCUGAGAAAUAAAGAAAUGUAAUGUAAAA